AUGUCGGAUGCUGCGAAGCCCAUGCUGGUUCCUCAUUCCUACAUCGAAUUGGACACCGAAUAUCAAUCUCACGGUUCGGAAAUUUCACAAUCUAUAGAGGAAACGUCGCACGCACAUUCAAAACCUCGAAAGUCGUACAGAAACUCCUUCAAUGACGCAUGGCAGGACCUAAGUACCACUCCCCAUCGCGUCAAACAAUGGCAAAGAGUUACGUCCCACACACGUUCGGCAGCUCUAAAGCCGUUCAAAAACUCUGUCACAGAAGCAUGGCACGACCUUCUUGGCGCUCCCCAUCGCCUCAAGAUGGUACAAUGGCGCCGCUUGGGCCUUCGUUGUAUUAUCACUGUCUGGACCCUGUCUCUGUUAGCCUUGACUAUAUGUCUUGCUCUAUCGCUCCCUAUGAGGCUCGAUGAAUAUAGUCCUUGUCCGUCAAACGGAGACUUUCAGUUCACUUUAUCUGACACAAUAUAUCCUCAGGGUACUUUCAACUAUUGGGCGCCAAGCGGUUUCUUUGACAUUACUCUCGCCUGGGGGCGAUUUGACUUUAGCACUGUCAAACUCAUCGAUGUGGCCUGGGAUCUAGUGGUUGGAAGAGGCGGCCAAGCAAUUAUGGCUCUAGUAUCUUGGCGGGUGUUUGCUGAGUACCUCCAAGUGUCUCUCGCUACUACGCCAGCUACAUAUACAACAGUUUGGCUACUCCGAUUCCAGCAAAGUUCUUCUGCAUUUUCGACCUGGCAACUCGCCUCGGCCUUUUUCAGACGUGGACUGGCUUCGAAAACAGCAAUGGUUUUCACAAUUCAGGCAGCAAUAUUCACCAUGGCAUUUCCCACCUUGAUUGCCUCGAUGACUGGAUAUACGCCAAAGAACGAACCAUUUAUAGUUGCGGAUAACGGAAGACUUAAUCCACUGAAUGAUCUUAUCCCAGCAGCCUACGUUAUACAUGACGGGGACAGAGUAAAGGGACUUACAAAGGAAUACGGCAUACCUUGGAGAAGUGAUUCAUCCCUUUCAUUAACUUCUGCCGCCGUUUCCUACUGUUCUUCUUGGAACAGGUCAUAUGUUAAGGAUGACUGUGAAUUGCAGCUGAAUGUGUCGGAAUAUAUACAGGAGUACGGCUUCAAAAUCGCGGGCUCUGAAGUAUCGGGAGAAAGGACAUCCUCCGAGAUCCGGAACACAACAGACUUCGGUGGUCAAGAGAUAGACUGGCCACCAUUGAGCAUUUCGGUCUUCUACUUACCAGGCGCACGGUUCUACUGGAAUACAUCAGCUGCUGAUGAAUUCUAUGACAGAAGUGGUGACUAUGAAAAACCUUUUAGGGAUGUUUCAAAUGCCAUGUAUUUGAUGGACGAUAGGUUGUAUAGCCCGACAGAAUUGAACAGAAAGGGUACUUGUCAACCGAUGAAAGAGGAUGUAGGUCAACAAUCCUCUCAUGAUAUUCCAUUCCCCUAA